AUGAACCUCUCCGCCGUCGUGACCAUUUCUCUCGCCUCUCUCGUCCUCGCCUACCCCAUCCCCUUCCAGCACCGCCGGGCCUUGAACCCGUUCGCGCUGACGGAGAAACUGAUGCCUCACUCGGGGAUUCCCCAGACGGUCGGAAAAACAGGACUUGGCUAUGGGUUGAAGGAUGAUGGAUACUGA